AUAAAUCAGAUGCCCACAGCAUUCAACACAACCCAUUCCCAAUAGAUAUCUCGAGUUGCUCUCUCUCCAUCUUACAGAAACCAUGCCUCAGGAUGGUAUCAUAAACAUGCCUCCAGGGUCAAUGUCGGGAUCAGAUGGUAGCUCAACGCCAUCAUCAAUGGACAUGGCGAUGCAAAUGAACUUUUAUUGGGGCAAAGAUGUGGUCGUUUUUUUCUCGGGAUGGCCGGGAAACAGUCUUGGUAUGUACAUAUUGGCUCUCUGCGUUGUUUUUGUUCUGGGUUUUGGUGUGGAGGUGUUGUCGGUGUCUCCACAGCUUAGAGGAGAGAAGAUGAUCAGCUUGUUGCUACAAGCUUGUGUUUACGCAGUUCGAAUGGGGCUGGCUUACAUGGUCAUGCUUUCUGUCAUGUCCUACAAUCUUGGCCUCUUCAUUGUCGCUAUUGCAGGCCACACCGCUGGCUUCCUACUGGUCAAGGCUCGUGCCCUUGCUGCGGCUAACCGAGCGGUUCCCAUGUCCUCUGCACCCAACGAUUCUAAAGUUUAAUUCUACAACUGCUUAUCAGUAACUAAUAAUCUUUUGUAUCUCCUUUUAUCUUCUAUAUGUAAACCUUUCGCAGUGAUUUUCAUUUAACUUUUUUAUCAGCCCAUCUGUGUUGUAAACUUGGGUAAAUUAUGUAUGGUAUUGUAUAUUUCACCCUUUUACCGGAAUCGAUCCGGGCUA